AGAAAAUUAUAAUACUUCUUCAAGGCGCUCCUUCUCUAGCAUUUCAAAGCAAUUCAUUCACAAAUGGGUAAUUGCUUGAAGCAUCCAUCAACGGUGGAAUAUACCGAUGACGACGAAUUCUGGGAUUACACGCCGGAGAAGGAGAUCGAUUACUUUCAGGCGAAGGACGUCGGUGGCGGCGCCGGUAAAACAACGGAGGUGAAGAUAAAGAUAACGAAGAAGCAACUGGAGGCAUUGCUAGGGAAAUUAGACGUGAAAGAUCUGAGGGCGGAUGAAUUUAUGGUCCAAUUGAUCAGUCACAGUCAUCGCUCUCAGACACAUCAACGGCCAUGGAAACCUGCCCUUCAAAGCAUCCCCGAGCUCUAAUCAUCAAUUUUGAUUCAAAAGCUCCAACUUCAUUGUUUUGUCAAUUUUGAACUGGUCGAUUAGAAGCUGUUUGGUGGCUUGUAGGGUGGUUAUUAUAGGUUGUUUUUCUUAUUCUAAAAAAAAAAAAAAGUUUUAGAUCAGUUGUGCUUUGGGUGACAGAUGAAGAUAUGAGCAUGCCUCCAAACUCAAAGAGCACUUAUAAAAAUAUUUACAGAUCAUCCACUAAUAAGAUCUUUAGCAGAGUUUGAUGUCAUACUUAUUAAUUAUAGGUCUUGUAACUGGAUGAACUUUUGUUAGUUUUGCUGUUUGUACAUACGGAGGUGAUAGAGUUUAAUUUUCUUCUAUGAUUAUUCCGCUUUUAUGGUUUUUUUCA